AAUUUCAAGCCUCUUCUCUCCACUCCAGUCUGUCGUUGAUCCAGCACACGCACUACUACACAAAGAAAGAGAGCAUCAGAACUCACAGCUUUGCCAGCGAUAAGACAACAGCAAGUGCAAGCGGAUCGAUCGAUCGGUCAGCACGACAUGGAGCUGGAGCUCGGGCUGGCGCCACCGAACGCGCAUUAUCCCAUGAUCAACAACCACCUCGCCGACGAGCUCAGCAGCAGCUCAACGGAUUCUUCUGCCCGCGGGAAGAGAGCGUUCAGGGAGGCGUUCCAGCAGGAGACGCUGCCGCUUUUCGACGACGGCUCGUGCAGGAGGACCAAGAAGCCGCUGGUGGGGUGGCCGCCGGUGAGCUCCGCGCGCAGCAGGGCCUGCGCCGGCGCCAACUACGUGAAGGUGAAGAAGGAAGGGGACGCCAUCGGCAGGAAGGUGGACCUGUCGCUCCAUGCCUCCUACGACGAGCUCCUCGCCACGCUCGGCCGCAUGUUCCCGACCACCAGCAACCAAGACGACAAGGAAAUCAGCAGCUCCACCAGACACGUGGUGGUCACCUACGAGGAUGGGGAAGGGGACUGGAUGCUCGUUGGAGAUGUGCCAUGGGAUGAUUUUGCACGAUCCGUCAAACGCCUUAAGAUACUGGGAUGACUACAUGAGCUGCACGCAUCUCACUGCACUGAUGUACAUGUUUAUCAGUUUCGUUUUUGUUUCAAAAGCAUGGCGUGAAGAGUCAGGGCAUUAGUAGUAGGUUACCUCUUGCGAGUUGUGACAAUACGUAUACGACCAGGUCUUGUUUGUGAGAAUGUUCACUUGGAGACUUGUCUUUGUGUUUUGCGCGGUUUAUGCUGCUGCUGAUCAUAUACUAUAUAUACAAUACAGAUCUUUCUA